AUGAUCAACCACACCCGCGACUCCUUCCCCACCUACAGCCGCAUCAAACCUCUCACCACCAGUCACCAUCAUACCAACAACAACCUACCCACAACCACCUCCCAAUAUCAACCCAAUGCCACCACUCGUGCAACAAACGGGGACUCCGAGCUCAGGUCCUCAUCAGUCUGGUUAGUAAAUUCACCAACUCCUCCCCUUAGUAAUACUAACGGUUGUAACUUGAGUGCAGAGUUCUCCGCUGAGUCAUCUAACUCCCUUCACUCUUCACCGACGGCCUCUAGCUCCUCUCCAUCGGUUCCUGAUCAGCAACACACACCAACACCUUCUACAACAUCCAUUGAUCCAGCAAGCCCUUCUCCACCGAUUCCUCCUGCUCAAAACAAUAACCAUCCCAUGGUCACACGCAGGAAGAACAAUAUCUCAAAACCAAACUCUUAA